UUCCAGAUUUGUACUCCGAAAUUCCAAGUAUAACUGGAAUCUGGGAUACCAGGAAAAGAAUCGAUCUCAAAGUGCAAGUGUGUAUUUGAGAGAGAGAGAGAGAGAGAGAGAGAGAGAGAGAGACAAUGUUGGAAGGGAAAGGAUUGGUGAAGGAAACAGAUAUGGCAGUGAAAAUGCAGAUUGAAGCCAUGGCUUGUGCUUCUGCAGCUCUUGAUCUCUAUGAUGUCUCUGACUGCAUCUCUAUUUCAGCCCACAUCAAAAAGGAAUUUGACAAAAGAUACGGGUGCGGAUGGCAAUGUGUGGUGGGUACAGACUUUGGUUGUUUCUUCACUCAUUCAAAAGGGACUUUCAUCUACUUUGGGCUUGAGACCCUCAAUUUUCUUAUCUUCAAGGGUUCCUCUUCUUGAAUGCUACUAAUUGCACUGAUGUGAGAAAGAAAAGAGGAAUUUUGUAUUUUUCCUUGUGGUUUAAUUCAUGAUCAUUGGAUUGGUUUGACUAGUAGUUAUAAAGUUCUUAUCUUGUAUUUUUCAUGUGGUUUAAUUCAUGAUCAUUACAUUGGUUUGA